AUGGCCGACACACACAUUUCUACUGAAGGAUCUUCAAGUAUUGACAUGUUAUUGGGAAACGAUUACUAUCUUGACGUAGUCAUGUUGCAAAAGAUUGAAGUACAACCUGGACUUUACAUACUGGCAUCAAAGCUUGGCUGGAUCCUUACGGGUAGGACUAAUGAAACAAAUGAAGGUGAUAGUGAAUCCAAUAUGUUUAUUCUUACACAUGGAACAAAUAUGUCAAAAACCAAAGUGUUCUCAAAAGUUGAUUCAGUCGUACAGACAAAACCUGACUUGGAAGAUUUUUGGAAGAUAGAAUCACUUGGAAUUUCCGAAGAACAAGAUGGAAUAAGUGACAAAAUUGCACUGACAAAAUUCAAAGAAACCUUGAGAUAUGACAAUGGAAUGUAUCACGUUACAUGGCCGUGGAAAGAGGCUGCACCAGAAUUACCAGACAACAGAGAUCUUGCAUUGGCUAGAUUAAGAUCAAAUGUCGCUAGAAUGAGAAAUAAACCAGAUAUACUAGACAAAUACAACAAUGUGAUUAAAGAACAACUCAGCAAAGGAAUGACUGAACCAGUUGAAACUAAUACGACGAGUGAUUUGGUGCAUUACAUUCCCCAUCAUGCUGUUAUCACACCACAUAAAUCUACAACUAAGUUGCGUGUGGUAUAUGAUGCUUCGGCAAAAACGAAAGCUGAAAACAGAAGUUUAAAUGAUAGUCUCUAUAGAGAUCCUGUAAUGUUGCAUGAUUUAUGCGGAUUGCUCAUGCGUUUCAGACUCAAUAGGAUCGCUCUUGUUUCCGAUAUAGAAAAGGCGUUUCUACAGAUAGGAUUACAACCUAGCCAACGAGAUGUCACGAGAUUUCUUUGGAUUAAAGAUAUUAAACAGCCCGUUGUGUUUACUGAAAAUAUUCAAGAGUACAGAUUUUGCCGUGUACCAUUUGGCGUAAUAUCUAGUCCUUUUCUGUUAGGUGCAACAAUUGAGAGUCAUCUAGAAAGGUAUGGUAAUAGCACUGCCGAAAAGAUCAAAGAUGAUAUUUACGUUGAUAACGUUAUUACGGGCACAAAUACUUGGCCAGAAGCGUUCGAACUGUACUCUGACAGCAAAAAGAUGUUUAAUGACGCAUCAGUGAAUUUAAGAGAAUGGGCAUCCAACAGUAAGGAACUUAUGGAAAUGAUACCAUCAAAGGACAAGACAGAUGAUCAAGUAAUAAAGGUAUUAGGACACACUUGGAAUACAUCGAAUGAUACUCUUGCAUUGUGUGUGACAGAUAUCACGUGUGAAACCAGAAGAUUGACCAAAAGGAUUAUGUUAAAACAGAUUUCAUCUGUGUUUGAUCCGUUAGGAUUAUUGUGUCCAGUUGUGCUAAAGGGAAAACUACUUUUGCAAUCAAUAUGGAAAAAGAAAAUAGGCUGGGACGAUACAAUAGAUGAUUCUGAUAGUGAAAUUGUAAAUUCAUGGCGAAAUGUGAAAGAAGACUUGAAAAAUAUUUCAAGCUUUACAAUUUCAAGGUGUAUUGCAAUGAACACAAUUGUGGAUAAAACGGAACAUUCACUUGUAUGCUUUUGUGAUGCAUCGGCAAUGGCUUACGCAACUGUAAUAUACCUUCAUCAGAGAAGUGAAAAAGAAACAACAGUGAAUUUAGUAUUCACUAAAAGUAGCCUAUGA